GUAAAAAUAUAAUACGCACCGCUUUGGCUGCAUAUAUUUUUUAUUAAUUUGCAAAUUAUUAAGUUUGCUUUCGUUUAAAGAAUCAGGAUGGCAGAAGGCUUUGGUGGAGCAAAACCAAAAACAAGAACUGCAGAGAGGAGUAACGCCAGUGCUAAGCGGACAAGGGGAGAUAAUUCUAGUCAGAUUUAUCCAGUGGGAGACAUGAAUGGCCCGUCAAGAAGCCAUGGUAUAUCCACAGAGACCUGUUUUAAUAAUAAUACCAGUCAAUUGAACGGCCUGACAAAUGUAACAGAGAAUAUAAGUCUAACUAAUAAUCAUUUUCAAAGACCUGACAAAGGGGCAAAACCAAAAUUAACAAAAUCUAAAAAUGUGGAAGUAAAGGUGCCUGAAAGUGCUAGAAAUGGAAAUAUGUCUUAUGGGACAUCUUCUUCAUACAGUCAAGUGCAUGAUGAUGAUUUUGAGGAUCAUAGAUUACAAGAGUUUGGAAAGCUUUCCAGAGAAAAAGAACAAGAGUAUCUGUCUGCAAGGGAAAGAUGGAAGAAAUCUGGACUUGCAUUACGAAAAUACAUCGCAGAAAAACUUGGAUUUAAACAAGAUGACCGUGCUAAUAAAAAUCUUGAUAGUGUCAAAAGACGAGAAUCUGGGAUGAAGAGAAAGUCUGAGAGUGUUGACCUCACAAAGGGGAGGAAUAAUUUACCAAGAUCAAGGUCAGAGAAUUUAAAAGAUGAAACUGUUACACCAAGGUCAAGGUCAUUUUUGAGAUAUUUUGGAUUUGGGAAAGAAAAUAACUUGAUAAAAGCUGGUCAAAGUAGCUUAAAAACUUCAAAAAGUUUUGAAAUGUCGUCAAGUGACACUUGGCCUGAGAGUUCAACAGACACUUGUAAAUCAACUUCUGAUUGGUCAGCAGAUAACACUUUAACCAAUCAGAGUACAGAUAGAAAAAUUUGGACCAAUCAGAAAUGCCAGGGCACACAGACACAAAUUCCCACUAGCUGUAAGUGUAAUAAAGGGACAAAAACAAAAAAUACACAUGAAAGCAAACACAAAUCAAAAACACAUAAAAAUUGCAAAGCACAAAGGUCGAACAAAGACUUAAAAAAGAAAGACAGUGUAAGUUCAGAUCAAGUGAAGCAGAGAAAAGCAACACAUGCAGAUAAAUGGGUUGGACUUCUUGAUAAUGAAAUACAAACAUCAUCGGAAGGAGAGGAAGAAUUUGAAUAUGUGUUAGACCCUGAAUAUGGUGAGAUUGUAAGAAGGGCCAAAACAAGGAAGCCUCGAUGUUCUGGUGGGCAGAAAAAUGCAAGGAGUACUGAUUCAGAAAAUACUGGGUCAGAAAGAAGAAGCCAGGAAAUACGUGACUCAACUUACGAAGCAUUGCUGGGAUUACAGCACGCUAUACCAUACCUGCCAGAGAAUUUCAGAAACAGAUUACAGGCAGCUCCUAAUUCAACAGCUGAUCAAGUUCAGACAGCUCUUGCAGCCUCCAGUUCAAAUUGUCCAGGGGAGGCCACUCCUAAAGAUAAGAAGCAGAUCACACCAAGGGAGAGAACUGGAACAGGUAGUUCAGUAAAUAUACAGUCAGAAGCAGCUAAAAACAGUUUAUCAGACAAAUUUACAAGAAACAAAAGAGAAGCAAAGGAGCAAAAGAAGUCCUUGAAAGACAAAAAUGAUUGGAAGAAAAGGACUUUUAAAAGUGAAAGCAAAGCCAGUGACAGGCACAAUGACUCUUAUGAUAUGUUAGAUGAGUUGGAGAGAGAUUUGGAGAAUUCCUUAGAAGAUCCUUUUAAUGUGAGGUCAGAUUCUAGUAUAGAUCUAUGUUCCGGGUUGAUGGAUUUAGUUCGCGAGAUAGACAUUCCAUUUAUAGACGAGGAUGGUGAGACAGGGUUUGAAACUGCAGAUAGAGACAGAAGUGCUAGACAAAGAGAAAUAAGUGGAAGAUCUAAUGGUGUUAUACCAGAUAAUUGUAAUGAUAAUAGAAUAGAUUCUGAAAACAGACAUCACUAUACUGGUCAAGUUGGGGUCGGUUCAGGUGAGAAUGUAAAAAGACUGAAUGAAACUAGUUUUGAUACGUUAAAAAGUAGUUCUAGGCCAAGGGGAAGUAGGCCUGACCACUUUGUUAGCACAGGUAUUGAUACAAAUAUUGACGGGUCAACAGAGACUAGUUUUGAAGAUGAUCCAGAUUACCUAGGAAUGAGGACACUAAAUGAUAGUUUUAACAGGUUGCUAGGAGACGAUGAUACAGAUACAAGUACUGACAGUUCCACCAUAAAUAACUUUCUACAGAGAACAAGGUCAGAGGAUUCUGGGUCAAGGUCAAAGUCAUCUGAUGAUAGCAUUGAGGCUGAUGAUGAGUUUGAAUGUGAAUGUGAUCACUGUCAGUUGCUAAGGCAACACAACUAUGGCACAGAUAACCUUGACCUUUUGCCUCCAAGGUUAUAUACUGAAGAUAUGGGGUUUCCCUAUGACAUUGAACUUCACGCAGAAAGUUCAGCUUCCGGCCAAAAUGAAACUGAUUCAAACAGAGGUUUUCGGUCGGCCAUGUUUUUAGACGACUAUGAUUUUAUGCUAGACAGAUCAAGCAAUGAACUAGACUGGUUGAUAAUUGACAGCAGACCAUUGUCAUUGAUGCUAGAGGAUGUUAUACAACAGAUGUUAGCAGUACAACCGGAGCUUCUGAGUGAACAGGCUGCUCCUCCAGCACCUCAGAUAGUUAUAGAUAAUCUACCCACAAUCCCUCUCACAUCAUCUCAUAUAGUGCAACAUCCAUCUUGUCCAAUAUGUUUAUGUCUAUGUGAAAUAGAAGAGUUGAUGACAUUGUUGCCAUGCCAACACAUAUUCCACCCAAUUUGUAUACAAGCCUGGCUGGUGAAGUCAGGAACAUGUCCAGUUUGUAGAGCAAAAAUAUCCAGGUGAUAACUGCUUCUGUUAUGGAACAAACCAUCUCUGUCCUGAGACCAAAAUAACAGGUCAUGCUGGUACUACCUGAUGGGUCAAAUAGAUAUCUCCUGCUCUAUUUUUGGACCAUAAUUACUGUUCAUUUUGGUAGUAUUUUUAGAUCAAAAUUACAGUUAAUGUCAGUACUACUGUGUGGCCAUAAAUAUCUCAGCUUAUUUUGGUACACUUUGUGACCAAAUACAUCUAUUUGGCACUUC